AUGUCGUCCACACUGGAACACCUCCUGCCCGACCCCUCCGAACAGAUUCGCUAUGUGCAAUGUGGUCUUUGUAGCACCAUAUUGUUGGUAAAUGUGCCAUACAGCAACUUGUCGAUGGUGGUGAGCGUAAGAUGCGGCAACUGCACUGGCCUCCUCUCCGUCAACAUGGCCAAGCCCUCUUUUAUCCCUUUUGAUCUUCUCACUUCCCUCUCUCACAACUUGCCAAAGGAGCCUUUCCAAGACUUGAACGUCCAGAAACACUUGUGCUUGGACAACCGCAACAACGCAUCCGACCUCCUAACCUCGUACCACAACAUUAUCCAAAAUCACGAAGACGAUGAUGAUGAUGAUGCCAUCAUCAUUCCGCCCACUCCAGUUGUUAACAAGCCCCCGGAGAAGAAACAGCGAGCCCCGUCAGCUUAUAACCAAUUCAUCAAGGAGGAGAUUCGGAGGCUGAAGGCGGAGAACCCGGGAAUGGCGCAUAAGGAGGCAUUCAAGACAGCGGCAAAGAAUUGGGCUCAUCUCCCUCCAGUCAAUGGCGAAGGAGAUCACGUGGGGAGCGGGCGGAAGGGAAAGAGCCUAAUCAGCAAUUGAAUGGAUGCCACUGAGAUUGAGAUUCAGAUGAUUCAGAUUGGUCUCUGCCCUUUCCACCAAAACUAAUUCAAACCCCUCACUCGACAUAUCUUUAUAUCUUUAAAUUGUAAUGCUUCUAAUUUCAUUUCA